GUAUCCGCUCUUCAUAGAAUGUUACGAACUUUCAAGUUAAAAGACCUUAAAAGUUUCACCAUCCAUGAAUGAUGAUUAACCCAACACAACACUUUUUUUGUCUUCACUUCUCAUCCAAAGUCACUUCACUGUCUUCUCUCUUAUACCUAGCUGUCUUCUGUUCUCUUUGUUGGCUCUGAAUUCUAAGAAUGUGGUUUCACUGAAAGCUCAAAUUUGUCUCCCAUUCCCCUCAGAGAUGACUUCCCUCAGAGAACUUCUCACUGAAGAAGGCUUCUACCAAACAACCCCAUUGAAGCCAAACUUCAAACUUUCACCACGAACACCAGAGAUAAUAAUAAACUCACUCCCUCUACACCUAUGCCAUGAUCGAAAAAGCCUUGAUUGCUCCAACUACAACAUAGACAAGUCCCCUAUACAAAAAGCGUCUUGGAAGUUUCAAUCCAACUCUCAAAGUCAAAGGGUUGGUAAUGGUUCAGUUUCUCAAAUUUGGAAGAAUUCCAAGUCAUUGGUGUCACCCCCCAUGGAUGAAGUUGCCACCAGGGCAGUGGUUGCUAUCCUCAGUGGCUACGUUGGAAGAUAUGUGAAAGAUGAUCAUUUCAGGAAAAGGGUCAGAGACAAGUGCAAUUCUUACUUGGUGAGAAGGAAGAACGGUUCAGGAUCAGAUGAUGAGGUUCUAGUGAACAUGAAACAAGGCAUGGAGAAUAUUGACAAGUUGGUGCAAGAUCAAUGGACAAAGAAAGAGAUGAAGAUAAAAAGCUUAAGGAAUUCCAUUGAGCUUUUGACCAUAGUUGCUUCAUUGAAUAGUAAAAGCAAGACCUCAAAAGGUGCUUCAACUUGUGGAAUACCCAAUUCCCAUAUCUCAGCUUGUGCUCAGCUCUACUUGGCAAUAGUUUACAAGCUUCAGAAGAACAACAGGGUUUGUGCUAGGCAUCUUCUGCAAGUGUUUUGUGAUUCUCCAUUUUUGGCUAGGACUUACUUGCUUCCUGACCUAUGGGAGCAUGUGUUCCUUCCUCAUCUUCUCCAUCUCAAAAUUUGGUAUUCUGAGGAGCUCGAGGCGCUUUCGGCCUCUGGUGAAUGUGAAGCUGAGAAGGAAAAGAACAUGAAGACUUUGAGCAAAGUGUAUGGCAACAAAGUGGAUACAGGAACUGCUUUGUUUGCUUUGUAUUAUAAGCAGUGGCUUAAAGUUGGGGCUAAUGAGCCUCCUCUUCCUAUUGUCCCCUUGCCAUCAAGACCAAUAUGCGGCUCAUCAAGAAGAAUGUCUUCGGAUUCUUUUGUUUUGCAUUCCUCAAUCAACACAAACCUAUACAAGGAAGUAUUUGGCCCCAAACUAGAGCUGAAAUCUACCACUCUAUCUGAUCAAAAUGGAUUGUUGACAAUUAGAUGGGGCUCAGGGAAUCAAGAAAAUUUGCACGGAGAUGAAUAUUCAUUUCAGAAAGAAGACACUUCAUACCUUGGAAGAUCAUCAAGGUCAAUUGACAAGAGUUAUGCUGAAUUAAGGCCAGGAUCACAGAGAUUGGACUAUUUUCAAUGCUUUUCUUGCAGGAGUAUGCAAGCAGAAAGCUUGGUGAACAGAAACUACACAUCCGCCAAUGCUUCAUUUAGAAAUGAAACAACUGUUCUUUCAAGUGAAUUUGUUGGAGCUAUUACAACUAUAUGUUCAUCAGAUAUUCUAAGUGAACGUGAAUUUGCAAUUCGAAUGAUUUCCAAAGCAUGGUUGAACUCUCAUGCUGACCCUCUAAUUGAAGAAGCACUUUCACAAUCUACUGUGAUUGAGGCUAUCCUUGAGGUAUUGUUGGCUUCAAGUGAAGAUGAAAUUCUAGAAUUGGCUAUAUCAGUUUUAGCGGAAUUAGUAGGAAGGAAUGGUGCAAUUAGACAGACUAUACUGAGUUCAGAUCCACAACUAGAAAUCCUUGUGAGACUUCUUAGAAGAACUGGCCUAUUUCUAAAAGCUGCAGUUCUGCUUUAUCUGUUAAAACCGCAGGCAAAACAGAUGUUAUCACCAGAAUGGAUGCCACUAGUACUUCGAGUUUUAGAGUUCGGGGACCAAGUGCUGACCCUCUUCACAGUACAAUGCAAUCCUCAAGUGGCAGCAAUUUACGUUAUGAACCAACUUCUUACUGGUUUUGAUAAAGAUAAGAAUUUAGAGAAUGCUAGGCAGGUUGUUUCACUUGGGGGAUUGGCCCUUCUUAUGAAGAGAAUUGAAGAAGGAGGGGUUCAUGAGAGAAACAAUACUGCUUUGCUAAUUUAUAGUUGCAUUCAUGCUGAAGGAAGCUGCCGGAGUUUUCUAGCUGAAAAUAUAAGGAAGAGUUCUUUACUAGAACUUAUUGUUCUUGGCAAUAGUAAAGAUUGCAGUAGAAGUGCCUUUUCUGUGCUAGCUGAGUUACUCUACCUUGAUAGAAGCACCAAGAUUUUAAAUUUCUUAAGGGGACUUAGAGAUGGAUGGGGUGGCUUAAAUGCAAUGCAUAUUCUGUUCAUCUACCUUCAGAGGGCUCCACCCGAAGAACGCCCUAUGGUUGCAGUGAUAUUAUUACUGCUAGAUAUUAUGGAAGAUCCUUUCAUAGGGAACUUAUACGGAGCAGAAGCAAUUGACGCAAUUGUGGCUGCUUUAAAUUGUCAAGUAUGUAAUGAUAUAAUACAAGAACAAUCUGCAAGAGCUUUACUCUUGUUAGCAGGACACUUUUCUCAUACAGGAGAAUCAUUAAUGGAAAGAACACUUCUACAACAUGCUGGUUGCCAAGAAAAUAGCUUAGAAGAUUCCUCUUAUGGCAAGGAAAUUGUUGUUUAUGAUUCAGCUCACAAGGAGAAUGAUGAAGCUGAAAGUUGGAGAAGAACAACAGCAAGUGUCUUGUUCAAAAGUGGAAAUAAGAGUUUACUAAAUGCACUUUCAGAUUCUGCAGCCAAUGGAGUCCCAAGUUUAGCACGAGCUAGCCUUAUAACAAUUUCAUGGAUGAGUAGCUACCUUCACCUAGUUGAUGAUAGAAAGUUUCCAACAAUGGCAUUCUCAAUCCUCACGCCACUGUUGCUAAAAUCCUUAAAUUAUGAUAAGGAUGUUAAGACAAGAGUGCUGGCUUCAUAUUCAUUGCUAUGCCUUGUAAAAAAUCCAGAAUGUCUCUCUUUCCUACCAUCAUUGGAUGAAGACUCACUCAAACAUCUCCGAAAUCUCUCUCUAGUGACGUGGACUGCGACUGAGCUAAUUGCAAUCAUCUCCAAAAUCAGCUUGGAAUCAAAACAAUGAAAAGCAAAGCUCCAUGUUGAACUCUUCCGUGUUAAUUCUUUUAUAUACAUGUGAUUUUAGUCACCCUUGAGUUUAUAUAGUUGAUUAGUUCAAA